AUGUUGAAGUAUUUGAGGCAAAAGGUCUAGGAGCGGAAACUUGAAAAAAUGAUGCUCAAUCAAGAUACUAAGUCUCCCUCUUAUGCGGAUAUAGACAAAAACUAGGAUCACACAUAACAAUUGAAGCAAAUAGCGAAUCAAUAAAGCGAGAGAAAAAAGAAAUUUGCUUCUAAAAAUAAGAGACGAGUCACAUUCUACUUGAUAUAUGAAUUCAUUUCUGUAGUUUGCUAGUCUCUGAUUAGCAUUUAUGCUUGUGCUGUGUAUAUAGUAUCGCUAUACAUGAGUUCUGAUACAGAUGAUCCAACGUUCAACCAAAUAGAGUUCUCUACAGCUAUUUUGAUAUUGUUGGAUUUAGUAAAUGGAUUAUUCCUUGCUCCUUCGAAAAAGAAAUACUUCCUAAAUAUUCUAAACAUAAUAGAUGUGAUGACAGUCAUUCCAAUUAUCAUAGAGCAAUUUAUUGAAAGCUAAGUGGCUAAUUUGUCGUUCGCAAGAAUCUGGAGAUUCGUUAGAUUUUUGAGAUUCUUUAGAAUUUACAAAAUCCUUAGGAAAAUAAACACGAAUGACAUAAAAUCAAUAUCAAACACUGAUCCUGUAGAUGUGAAGAGAAAGCUGUUCACAAUUUUCAUUCAAUUCUUAGCUCUAGUAUUCAUCUCGGCUUCUGUUAUCUUUACUCUUAACAAAAAUUUCCCAGAUACUUUUGCCAUUUACAUCUCAACUGGGCAGGACCUUACCUUUGACAUAGCGCUUUACUUUGUGCUCAUCACAAUUACCACAGUAGGUUACGGCGAUGUAGUUCCUAAUUCUACUCUUUCCAGAAUAUGUAUUGGCCUGUUUUUCAUUGCUGCAGUUGUGUUCUUCACAAUGCAAACAUCAGAAAUUUCAGAUUUGAUCAAGCAAGGAAACAACUACAGCAAGCCUUUUAAAAGAAAGUCAAAUAGACAUGUCAUACUCACAGCUUAAUCUUUUAAUGACCUAAAGCUGCUUAGGUUUUUAACGGAGUUCUUCCACAAGGAUCAUGACUUGGCAGAGAAUAUGAAAGUGGUCAUAGUCAGCAAGGACAAGCCUUCAAAUGAUGUGCAGCAAGUGAUAGCAAUGUAUGAAGAGCAGACCUACUUGAUUGUUGGGAGUAUAUUCAAUGAACAGACACUGCAGAAAGCCGACAUAUUAAAUGCAGAGGCAGCGUUCAUUCUAUCGAAUCAGUAUGACAACCAUUCAAUCAAAGCUGAUUCAUUUUCUGUCCUAGCUUCAAAGAUGAUGAGGGAGUUCAACAAGAAUAUGCAGAUCAAUGUCUAACUUAUCAACAAAGACUAUCUAAUUCAUUCUUGGUGCAACUGGGAUAAUGUCUAUAGCAUUGAUGAAUUCAAACUAGGUAUCAUUGCAGCUAAUGCCUAUAAUCCUGGAUUCUGUCCAAUUAUUCUGAACCUAUUGAGGAGUUCUGGAAAGAUUUCGAGUUCUAAUAAAAAUGGUCUCUGGCUGGUUGAGUACACUCAUGGCUUAGAACAUGAAAUCUAUUGCAUAAAAAUUCCAAGCAAAUAUGUGAAUCAGAUAUUUGAAUUCGUUGUUAAAAUUGGAUUCAACGGCAAGGGAAUACUAAUUUUUGGAAUUAGGAGAAAGAAGCCAAGAUGUCCAUUCGAUUUCUAUGAAAUCUUGAUUAAUCCAGUGAAGUAUAGAAUUCAAAAAGGAGAUGAAGCUCUAGUCCUUGCGACAGAUUUCACUCACGCCUAGAGGUUUGAUGAGGAUGAUGGCAAAGACUUGGAUCCAUAUGAUAGAGAAAUCAGUGGUCAAUAAUUAAAUGAACUGAAAGAUCUACAGUUUAUCAAAAAUUUUGACUUCAGGAACCCAGAGCCAUUACACAAGACAGAUGAUCAUUUCCUAAUGUGGAGAGAUGACUUAUCUUACUUGAAAGAUCACAUACUCAUAUUUGGUGACAUUGAAGCAAUGCCAACUUUAAUAGAAUGUCUAAGAAAUUUCACAAAUAACUAUAUUUGCUAUGUAAGCGACAAGCUAGAGUUGGAAAAAUGGAACAAGAUUAAGAAUAGAUAUUCUAAUGUUGUCUACUUUGAAGCAUCAUUUUCAGAUAAGAAUGAGUUAGCCAGAACAGGCAUUUAAAACUCAAGGCAUGUCAUACUACUCUCGUGGAUGCUACAGAAUUCAAACCAUCCAGACUCCGGAAUGCUAUAAAUAAUUAGGAUCAUUGAUGAGCAUUUCCCAGAUGUUCAAUAUACUUUAGAAUUGGUUGAUGAAAACAACCUCAAGUACCUGAACAAAAAGAACAACAGCAUGAAGGACACUAACCUGCCUUUUAUUUGUAAUACCAAGUACGCCUCUGGUUCAGUAUUUUUCUCCUCCAUUUUGGAUGCUAUAAUCGCUUAAUCCUACUUUAAUGAGACCCUUUUCGAAGUGCUAGAUAAACUUAUAUUUGGAGGAACUGUAGAGAAUGAAUCCAAGGUAGAGGAAAAUUGCAAGCUAAAUAUGAUUCUAAUAGACAGCACUAUAGGUGGCAAGACUACUUUUAAAGGAUUCUUUGAGGCUUGUAUCAAUAAUGAAGGAAGUCCUAUUAUUCCCAUUGGAAUACAAAGGCAACCUAACUCUUUGAUACUAGGAAAUUAAUAACCUUACAUUAUUACAAACCCAGACAAAAAUUGUCUUCUCAUGGAGGGGGACAGGGUUUAUGUGUUGGGAGAAAAUGCGGAAACUAAAAAGAAAAGAUAGCAGGAAUAUAAAAAAGGAUAUUAAGAUUAGAGGGAUUAGUCUUAAAUGAAGAAGUAAUUAAUAUAAUUAUCUGAUUCCUUUAGUAAUCUUGACGAGUAAUAUCUUAAGAAGAUGGAUGAUGAUGUAAUGCUAUCAUUGAUAAAGAAAGAACUGGAAAAGAGUGAGAUUGAAAGAAAGAAGCUUUAGCAAUAGCAAGCAAAGUUGAGACAAGAGAAAUUAAAGUUAUCUUUCUAAUCAACUAUCAAAUCAGUGCUUAAGAAUAAGGAGUUGAGAAAUAUUAUGUCUUUAACUGGUGGUGUGGCAAGCUAAAUACCUAAGACUUAGGCUGCUACCAAUCCUUAAAAUUAGAUAAAAGUUAAUUCUGAAGAGCAUAAAAUUAUGGUUUAAAAAGAGGAUAUAACAUAUGAUUCAAUUAACAAUGAUCUGGGAUAGGGUCACUAAGCUGACAAAAUUAUCUUCUCUGAAUUAAAGAGUCCAAUGCCAGAUUAAGUUAAUAACUCAAUGAAUAGCCAGGGUCAAGAUUUCUUAAGAAUUAAAGAUUAAGCAACUCCUUAAAUUGAGAGGAGACUCCCGCUUACUUAGAAAAUGAAUUAUUUGAAAGCAAAUUUCUAAACAGUAGACUAAGACCAGUCUAUCAGAGAUUCAGAAAAGAUAAGUGUGAUCAGGCAAAGUGAAGAUUAAUCAAUGAUAGAAGAUAUGCGAGAACUUAUUGAUACUGGGAAAAAGCAGUCUUCAGUUCUGAAAAUUGCAGAAUAGGAGAAACAGGAUAGGAUCAAUGAUCAUAUUCGAGAUGCUCGCAUUUCAGAUUUAAGUUUAGAGGAAGAAUAAAGUUGA